CAAAGGUAUGAAUGUGAGGCUGAAGUGAGUUUCAAACUCGCUUACGCGUAACACUAGUUGCCGUGCUGCUUCAUGAAACCGGAAAUGAAUAAUCUCGUCAUUAUCUCCGAUCAUCUUUCUUCCCCAUAAUGAUUUACAGUUCUGAAUGAGAAUCUCAUGCAAAUGCAGCGUCUUCUAAUUCUCUGCUUCCUCUUCACUUUUACAGCCGCUGCGCAUCAUCCCGAUCACAUUUCUAUCAACUGCGGCGGAGCUGCAGCUCUCAGUGGCAGAGCCAGGAAAUGGGGUGGAGACUCAGAUGCUGCACCGAAAGGCUCAUCAAAGGCAUCCACUGUCACGGGAGAGCUGAUCGCAGCCGUCGAUCCAGUUCCCUACAGCACUGCACGCAUCUCUCGCUCCCAAUUUUCCUACUCCUUUCACCUCACUCCAGGUCAGAAAUUUAUCCGCCUUCACUUCAAUCCCGUGCCCUACUACGGUUUUGAAAGCUUCCACGAUUUCUUCACCGUCGAAGCUGGUCCUUUCACGCUACUUGCUAAUUUCAGUGCUUCCAUAACUGCUCGUGCUCUUUCUCUCAAUAUUCUUGUUAAAGAAUUCUGCUUAAUCAUACAACAAAAUCAACCCCUCAACAUAGUCUUCUCUCCCGAAACUAGCCAAUCCAAGUAUAACUACGCUUUCAUUAAUGGGAUUGAGAUUAUAUCAGUACCUCCCACUAUUUCUUACUGUCACGGUGGAGAUAGUGGAAUUCAUGUGCUUGGCCAAAAGUCUGUCAUCUAUGUCGACAAUACUAGUGCGCUUGAGAGGGUUUAUCAUCAAAACAUGAAAUGGGGUUCUGUUCUGGAUGAUGUCGGCGGCAUGUUUGGGAUAUGGGCAUCAAAUCUUAAAAAACAGGCUGGUGAUUUGAGCUGGAGAGUGCUUGUUGAUGUGGGAUUCAGGUAUUUGAUCCGGAUUCACUUGUGUGAGGCAGGACUCAAAAUGGAUUUCACGCUUCUCAUUGAAAACAUGAUUGCAUUGACUAGUGCUGAUAUGCUCCAGCAAGGGGGAAAUAAAAGCAUGCUUUGGUAUAACUAUAUGGUGAUGGUGGAGGGCCACAAACGAGAGGGUAAACGUACCAUCUCUAUUUCUCUCAACUCUCAACACGGGCGGCCGCUUGAAGGAUUUGAAGUGUUCAAGCUAAGCAACCAUGACCGGAGUCUUGCCAGUCCCAAUCCUCUGCCUCCCAAUCCUACAAGAGAUACACAAUCACAGACUCUACUACAUUCUCUUCUUGGCCGCGUAAAUGCUAUUGCAACUGUUGUCUUUACUGUGAUUUGUCUGCUAAAUAUCGUUUUCCAUUUGCUGCUCAAAAUGCGGGGAGCUGAUAUGACUGAGAUUGAUGAGGAAAACCAGCCAUCUGCCAGGGCAAAGCAACUCUGCCGUACCUUUUCACUAGCUGAGAUCCAAUCAGCCACGGACAACUUUUACAGUGGAUUUAUCGUUGGAAAGGGUGGAUUUGGUAAAGUCUACAAAGGGUUCAUGGAUAAUGGGAGAGAGAUUGUAGCCAUAAAGCGAGCAAAACCAGACUCCAAGCAAGGGGAGCUUCAGUUUUGGAUGGAGGUUGAAACGCUUUCUGAGCUUCGACAUGUGAAUCUAGUUUCUCUCAUCGGAUACUGCACUGAGCAAAAGGAAAUGAUUCUUGUUUAUGAGUAUAUGCCCAAUGGGACAUUGGCUGACCAUCUCUACAAACUAGCCAGGAAAAACAAAGAUUUUUAUCUUCUCUCUUGGAAGCAACGACUUAAGAUCUGCAUAGGAGCCAUUCGGGCCCUAGAUUACCUUCACACUGGCCAUGGGAUCAUGCAUCGUGAUGUGAAGGCUUCUAAUAUCCUGCUUGAUGAGAAUUUUGUGGCUAAAGUUUCAGAUUUUGGCUUAGCUAAAACUGGAAGUUUCAGUGAGUCACAGAGCCAAGAUAGCACAAAUCUUAAAGGCACAUUUGGAUAUAUUGACCCGAACUUUUUUACAACUCGUAAACUAACAAAAGAAAGUGACAUCUAUUCUUUUGGUGUGGUGUUGUUGGAAGUAUUGUGUGGAAGACCUGCAGUGGAGCCUUUGAAUGAAGAAGAUAAACGUAGUCUGACUACAUGGGCUAUAGAUAACAUUAGUAAGGGACGAGUUGAUGAUAUUGUAACUCCAAGUCUUAGAGGGGAAAUAUCACCAGAUAGUCUGAAGACAUUUGUGAAGGUUGCAGAAAGAUGCUUGCACGAUGAACCAAAGAAACGGCCAACAGCAGCGCUCCUAGUAAUAAAACUUAAUCUUGCACUUCAGCUGCAGGAGAAGGCAGAAUCUUUAGCACCGGAAGAGAGGACUAGUUUUGAGGACAUCAUCUCAUCUGCUGACGAAUCUCAGCAGGAGAACAUAAAUGGAGCAGAUACCUUGCACGAGAAGGAGAAUGAUGAGAUAAGAAAUGUUAGUGCUGCCAUGCCAUGUGCUGAUAAUGAUAGAACUAUCUUAUCAGUUAGCCCAAGACCAAUGGCGUCUUCCUUUAGUGUGCAAACUUAUCCAUCUCUCCAAAGAGAACAGAGUAACAGCACAAUGAUCAAUUCGGGAAGAAAAGAUGGGAAAAAAUCCAUGAUUUAUAGGAUAUCACGAAAACUUUGGCCACGAGAUGCCUUUCGGAAAACCAGGAAACCCUCAAACAAAGGGGAUAUGGUUGGAAUUUCACUAUCAGCACCAUUAUCACGUAGGACCAUCAAUACUACAUUGGGAGGCAACCCUAUUACUAACAAGAAGAUAGGUGGAAUGAGUUCAACUCCAACUUUAAGGAUUUUCUCUUUUGAGGAACUGAAGGCUGCCACAAGAAAUUUCCGCAGUGAUUCAGUUCUUGGAGAAGGAGGUUUUGGGAAAGUUUAUAAAGGCUGGAUACAUGAGAUGUCCAGUACCAAAGAGGGAAAAGGAUCCAUUGUGGUUGCUAUUAAGAAGUUGAAUCAUGAAAGCAUGCAGGGGUUUCAAGAGUGGCAGUCUGAGGUGCAAUUCCUUGGAAGAAUCUACCAUCCUAAUCUGGUGAAGUUAUUGGGAUACGGAUGGGAUCAUAACGAGCUGUUUCUUGUCUAUGAAUUAAUGCAAAAAGGAAGCUUAGAGAACCAUCUUUUUCAAAGUUCUCGUCAGCCACUGCCAUGGGAUACUAGGCUUAAUAUAUUGAUUGGAGCAGCUCGUGGUCUGGCAUUCUUGCAUUCUUCAGACAUAAAAGUUAUCUUCAGGGACUUCAAAUCCUCAAACAUAUUGCUUGACGAAUUGUACCACGCCAAGAUAUCUGAUUUUGGUCUUGCAAAAACGGGUCCUUUCGCUGAUAGAACCCAUGUGUCAACACGUGUUAUGGGAACAUAUGGUUAUGCCGCACCUGAGUAUGUGAUGACAGGUCACUUAACGGAGAAGAGUGAUGUGUAUGGAUUUGGCGUGGUGUUACUAGAAAUGCUGACAGGUUUGCGAGUAAUUGACAAGAAACGUCCGGCUGAACAACAAUACUUAGUUGUUUGGAUGAAACCACGUUUAUCUGACCGGAGGAAGUUGAAGAAUAUAAUUGAUCCGCGUCUAGAGGGAAACUAUGGUUCGAAGUCUGCAGCAAAAGUAGCUGAGCUCGCCCUCAACUGUCUUGAAAAGAAUCCAAAAAGCAGACCCACAAUGCAGCAAGUGGUAGAGACACUGGAAACAGCCGCUGAGGCACCAAGACAGCCUAGAGUUCACUUUAGUCCUCAGCCUAGAUAUUUGUCCAAAUGAUUAUCCUCAGAUAAGGAAUAUAUGAAUCUUCAUACCAUUUUUAGCUGAUAAAUAUCAAUCAGGUCAGGUUGUAUAGUAGAUUUCUAUAAUAUCCACGUCAAGAAGUGGAGACUUUGCUUCGCAGAUUAUUAUCAUAUAAAGAGGAGGGAGGGGUUCACACAGGUAGCAAAUGCAGGUAGAGAGAUAUAAGAGAAGGUUCAGAUGAGAACCCUUAUUUAAAGUGAGAAGAAGAACUAUUCUUAGUCAAUCAUGAAGAAACAUUUUUCUCAUCUCCGAUAAAUUUUCCGGUACAUGUUGCAUGACAUUUCCAUCAACUACGCUGGCGACUGGGAUCACUGGCACCCUGCAUCGCAGAGCACCAUAAUAGAUUACUGUUUUGUGGUGUGAACGUUUAUAUAUGCAUUCCAUAUGUCAAUAUGGAAUGUACAGGUACAUGAGUGGAUGCCUAUGUUUGAUUAACCUCCAUCCGUAGUCAUGCCAAGCCAAGCAACAGAUGGUGAUUCCCACGUGACAACACUGGUUAUGGGACAAUAUGUUUAUGCUGCACCGGAAUAAAUUGCCACACGUAAAUAUGCACAUGGUUAUAUAGAUUGUAGCCGUACAUAUUGAAAUGAGUUGGUUAGUAUUGCAGGGCACUUGUAUGUGAAGAGCGAUGUGUAUGGUUCGGUGUGGUGUUAGUAGAAAUGCUGACAGGGCUGCACGCACACGACACCACAGUCUGGGUGAUUGGAUCAAGCCAUAUUUAUCAGAUAGGAGGAAGUUGAGGCACAUUAUUGAUGUCCGUCUAAAUCAGCAAUGCAGGUAGCUUAUCUCGCCUUAAGUUGCCUUGAACGUGAACCCAAUAAAGACCCUCAGUGCACAAACUGGAAAGAAUCGCUUCUUCUAACGAGGGAGCCUAGAGUAUACUUUGGUCACUAGGCAGUCAAUCGGUCCGUGUUGAAAGUUGUUAUUGUGAUAGUAAUUAAAUAGAGUAUAGAUUUUGAAGCAUAAACUGUACCAACUUGUUGUUUGAGUCCAUCCUCAUUAUCUUAUCUUUCUGAAAAGUUUCUAUUUUAGCUCUAUCUCUUUUUACCA